UCUCAAAAAAUAGAAUGACCAAUGAAUUUAAAUUUAACAUAAUAAACUCACCAAUGCAAAUGACUGCUACAAGCAUUAUGGGAGAUAUGACAACAAACGAUGAAGUUAAAGGAAGGGAACUGAUUGGGGAAACAGUUGGAAAUGAUGAGCAUACGCCGACGGCUUAUGAACAUUUUUAUUAUACCCAGCAACAACUACACACAGAUUAUCAACGUAAAAGCAACUUUUAUUUUAAUUAA